CCUUCUUCCCCCAUUAAUCUUUCUUCCUCUCCCCCUACCCACCCCUCAACCCUAAAACCCCACCACCCCAAAACCCCCAAAACACACACCAAGAUCGAAUUUUUGCUGAAUUUUCAAGAAAAUUAAACAUAUAUACACGUAUAUACCCACCAAAUAUACCCCCCCCCCCCCCCCCCCCAACCAAAGCAACGAAAACCCAAAACACAGACACCAAGCUCAACUUUUUGCUGAAAUUUCAAGAAAAGUAAAGAUGAUGAACAACAAUUAUUCACCAAUUAGAGAAAAUACUCAAGAAGGAACAGAAAACUAUUUUUACCAAGAAGAACCUUCACUUUUUUGUGGUUGUUUCAAAUUCCCCUGUUUUCAAACAAAAGAAGGUGAAGCAAAUUCACUGUUACAACAACAAGGGGAAGACAGAGACUCAUGGAUGGUGACAAAGAUGAAGGAAUUAAAGGAAUAUUCAGAACUUGUAGCUGGACCUAAAUGGAAAAAUUUUGUUAGGAAAAUGGGGAAAUAUUGCAAUUCCAAGAAAUCUAAGGGACAGCAGUUUCAGUAUGAUUCUGAUAGUUAUGCAAUGAAUUUUGACGAGGGAGUUGAAGAAAAUGAUGAUGGGCUUUUUCGUAAUUUCUCAACUCGGUUUGCAGCUCCUGCUCCCUUUUCUGUUGUUAAUAAUAAUAAUAAUAAUAAUAAUAAUAAUAUAUAAUAAUACACAGAGAAAUGCUGGAUUAUGAUAAUUAUUAUUGGAAGAAAAAAGAAAAAAUUAAGAUGUGUGUGAUUUAUGAUUUAUGUGUAAUUAGAGGGGAGAAAAUGGUGUAUGAGAUUGGUUUUUAUAUAUAUUUCAUUUAUUUGUUAUAUAUAGUGGUAAAAUUCUUUUGUUCAUUUAGAUAAACAUUCUUUGAUAUUUAUUUAUUAUUUUGGA